AUGGAGCUUCUCUCUCUGCCCUACGAGCUGGAUAUCCGCGACUACACCCGCGUUCUGCAAUCCUGCAACACAUUUUCGCUGUCCUCCCUCGUGAUGCAGGAAGUGAAGCGCCGCGGCCUGACCCCGGACAUCAUGCUCUACAACGUGUUCCUCAAGAAAUGCGAAGAGUUCAAGAACAAGGACGAAGCGUUCGAGACCUACAAGACCAUGAUCGACUCGAACGUCACCCCGGAUCGCCACACGAUGUCGAUCCUCAUCCGCUCCUGCCUCGCCGUCGACAAGCCUUCCGAGGCCGAAUCGCUUCUCAAGCGCAUGCUUCUCCACGGCAUCGAUCUCAACAGCUACGUCUUCAACGUGGUGAUCGACUACUACGCGCGCAAGGCGCUGCCCCUCGAGGCCUUCCGCAUCCGCGAGAACAUGGCGACCUACUCCAUCAAGCCCGACGAAUACACCAUUUCCUCGCUCAUGGCGGCCUGCUACCCCGUCGCUCCCUCCAAGCUCUACCUCCAGCAGCUCCUCCAGGACCUCGUGCAGGGCCCGCUGCCCGCGCGCGCGGUCUGCACGAACGCGCUGUUCUCGGGGAUCGCGAAGGCGCCGCACCUGGAGAACCACUACAAGCUGCGCAUCGCGGUGGACUUCCACGCGGAGCUCGAGCGCCGCAGCUACACCGUGGGGCAGCACGCCUACACCUCCCUCAUGUCCUGCUGCGCCAAGGUGGGCGACGUGGCGCAGGCGCGGCGCUUCCUGGGGUCCAUGCAGCGCGGCGGCGUGGAGCCGAACCGGUACAUCCUGACCGCCUUCAUCGCCGCCUGCUCCAAGGCCAAGGACUACCGCAGCGCCCUCACCAUGUUCGACUACAUGCGCAGCUGCCCCGACGCGCAGACCGACGCCGAGUCCAAGCGGCCCAACCGGUACACUUACGAGGCCCUGGUUCUGGCCGCGGGGAACGCGGGGGAACUGGCGGACGCCUUCGCGAUCUUCCAGGACAUGGUGGAGGACGGGUUCGAGCCCGAUGCGUCGUCCUACGCCAAGCUGGUGCUCGCCUGCGGAAUCUGCGGGGAUCUGCAGAAGGGGCAGCACGUGAUCGACGUCGUGGAACGGACGAAACUCCCCAAGACCUCGUUUUUCUACCAUUCGAUGAUCGACUUGUAUUCGCGGUGCGGACAGCUCGACAAGGCGGUGGCCGUGUUGGAUUCGGUCCGAAACUCCCGCGAUGUACAGGUGUCGCAUUAUCAUUAUGAACCGAUUGUGAAACUCCUGGCGGAACGAGCGGCGUGGGAGGAGGUGGACGCGUUUUUGAAGGAAUGGGGCGAUGUGAGCUACUCGACUUAUCUGUUUUUGAUUACGGAUUGUUAUAAGAGAGGGUUGUGGGAUCGGGUUUUGAUGUAUAAGAAGCGAAUGGAGGAUGCCGGACAUCGACCGUAUGCAUCGCUUCUGCCGCUCAUAGAAGAUGCGGAGCAGAGAGUGGAGGACGCGAAGAAUGGAACGAGUGCGGCGGGGAAGACGGAGCUGCUGCAAUGGAGUGAUUUGGACUUCGACUUGGAUUUUGACAUGGAUUCGAACGAUUUCAUUUUCUAGAUAGCUGUGGUAUUUUUGUAGAAUAGAGAGAGA